GGAGCCGCACGCCGCCGCCCGUGUCGCCGCCGGCACCGCGGGGGCCAUGACCGUGGAGCAGAAUGUGCUGCAGCAGAGCGCGGCGCAGAAGCACCAGCAGACAUUUCUGAAUCAGCUGAGAGAAAUCACUGGGAUUAAUGAUGCCCAGAUACUACAGCAAGCCUUGAAGGAUAGUAAUGGAAACUUGGAAUUAGCAGUGGCUUUCCUUACUGCAAAGAAUGCCAAGACCCCUCAGCAAGAGGAGACAACUUACUACCAAACAGCACUUCCUGGCAAUGAUAGAUACAUCAGUGUGGGAAGCCAAGCAGACACAAGAAAAAAGUAUAUGCCCACCAGAACAAGAUGUGCUACAAUUGAGCAAUCAAAGUAUGGAUCAAAAGAUGAGAGGGAUUUGGAUGUGAUUGAUCUCACUGGAGAUGAUAAAGAUGAUCUUCAGAGAGCAAUUGCCUUGAGUUUGGCGGAAUCAAACAGGGCAUUCAGGGAGACUGGAAUAACUGAUGAGGAGCAAGCCAUUAGCAGAGUUCUUGAAGCCAGCAUAGCAGAAAAUAAAGCCUGUUUAAAGAGGACGCCUACAGAAGUUUGGAGGGAUUCUCGAAACCCUUACGAUAGAAAAAGGCAGGACAAAGCUCCUGUUGGACUAAAGAAUGUUGGCAAUACUUGCUGGUUUAGUGCUGUUAUUCAGUCAUUAUUCAAUCUUUUGGAAUUUAGAAGAUUAGUUCUGAAUUACAAGCCUCCGUCAAAUGCUCAAGAUUUACCCCGAAACCAAAAGGAGCAUCGGAAUUUGCCUUUUAUGCGUGAGCUGAGGUAUCUAUUUGCACUUCUUGUUGGUACUAAAAGGAAAUAUGUAGAUCCAUCAAGAGCAGUUGAAAUUCUUAAGGAUGCUUUCAAAUCAAAUGACUCUCAGCAGCAAGAUGUGAGUGAGUUUACACACAAAUUAUUAGAUUGGUUAGAAGAUGCCUUCCAAAUGAAAGCUGAAGAAGAGACGGAUGAAGAGAAGCCAAAGAACCCCAUGGUAGAGUUGUUCUAUGGGAGAUUCCUUGCUGUGGGAGUACUUGAAGGGAAAAAAUUUGAAAAUACUGAAAUGUUUGGUCAGUACCCGCUUCAGGUCAAUGGAUUCAAAGAUCUACAUGAGUGCCUAGAAGCUGCUAUGAUUGAAGGAGAAAUUGAGUCCUUACAUUCAGAGAAUUCAGGCAAAUCAGGCCAAGAGCAUUGGUUUACCAAAUUACCACCUGUGUUAACAUUUGAAUUAUCAAGAUUUGAAUUUAAUCAGGCAUUGGGAAGACCAGAAAAAAUUCACAACAAAUUAGAAUUUCCUCAAGUGUUAUAUCUGGACAGAUAUAUGCACAGAAACAGAGAAAUAACAAGAAUUAAGAGGGAAGAAAUCAAGAGACUAAAAGAUUACCUCACAGUAUUACAACAAAGACUAGAAAGAUAUUUAAGCUAUGGUUCGGGUCCCAAACGAUUCCCCUUGGUAGAUGUUCUACAGUAUGCGUUGGAAUUUGCUUCAAGCAAACCUGUUUGUACAUCUCCUGUUGAUGAUAUUGAUGCUAGUUCCCCACCUAGUGGUUCCAUACCACAGACAUUACCAAGCACAACAGAACAACAGGGAGCCCCUUCUGCGGAACUGCCAAGCACAUCACCUGCACCACUAGCUGCCGUUUCAUCGAGAUCAGUCAUACAUAAACCGUUCACUCAGUCUCGGAUACCUCCAGAUCUGCCCAUGCAUCCAGCACCAAGGCAUAUCACAGAGGAAGAACUUUCUGUGCUAGAAAGCUGUUUACAUCGCUGGAGGACGGAAAUAGAAAAUGACACCAGAGAUUUGCAGGAAAGCAUAUCAAGAAUCCAUCGAACAAUUGAACUAAUGUACUCUGACAAAUCUAUGAUCCAAGUUCCUUACCGCUUACAUGCUGUUUUAGUUCAUGAAGGUCAAGCUAAUGCCGGGCACUACUGGGCAUACAUUUUUGAUCAUCGUGAAAAUAGGUGGAUGAAGUACAAUGAUAUUGCUGUGACAAAAUCAUCAUGGGAAGAGCUAGUGAGGGACUCUUUUGGUGGUUAUAGAAAUGCCAGUGCAUACUGUUUAAUGUACAUAAAUGAUAAGGCACAAUUCUUAAUAAAAGAGGAGUUAAAUAAAGAAACUGGGCAGGCUCUUGUUGGAAUUGAAACAUUACCACCGGAUUUAAGAGAUUUUGUUGAGGAAGACAACCAGCGAUUUGAAAAAGAACUAGAAGAAUGGGAUGCACAACUUGCCCAGAAAGCUUUGCAGGAAAAACUUCUAGCAUCUCAGAAGUUGAGGGAGUCAGAGUCUUCUGUAACAACAGCACAAGCAGGAGAAGCAGAAUAUCUAGAGCAGCCAUCAAGAAGUGAUUUCUCAAAGCACUUGAAAGAAGAAACUAUUCGAAUAAUUACCAAGGCAUCACAUGAGCAUGAAGAUAAAAGUCCUGAAACAGUUUUGCAGUCGAAACCUGAAAAUACCACAAGCCAACCACCUUCUAACCAGCAAAUUGUAGAGGUGGCGAUUCCUCAUGUAGGGAAAUUCAUGAUUGAGUCAAAGGAGGGGGGUUAUGAUGACGAGAUCAUGAUGACACCGAACAUGCAAGGUAUUAUCAUGGCGAUAGGUAAAUCCAGGAAUGUAUAUGACAGGUGUGGCCCUGAAGCAGGGUUCUUUAAGGCAAUUAAGUUGGAGUAUUCAAGAUUGGUUAAAUUGGCCCAAGAAGACACCCCACCAGAAACAGAUUAUCGUUUACAUCAUGUAGUGGUCUAUUUUAUCCAGAACCAGGCACCAAAGAAAAUCAUUGAGAAAACAUUGCUAGAACAAUUUGGAGAUAGAAAUUUGAGUUUUGAUGAAAGGUGUCACAACAUAAUGAAAGUUGCUCAAGCCAAACUUGAAAUGAUAAAACCUGAAGAAGUAAACUUGGAGGAAUAUGAGGAGUGGCAUCAGGAUUAUAGGAAGUUCAGGGAAACAACCAUGUAUCUCAUAAUUGGGCUAGAAAAUUUUCAAAGAGAAAGUUAUAUAGAUUCCUUGCUGUUCCUUAUCUGCGCUUAUCAGAAUAACAAAGAACUCUUGUCCAAAGGCCGAUACAGAGGACAUGAUGAAGAAUUGAUAUCACAUUAUAGAAGAGAGUGUUUACUAAAAUUAAAUGAGCAAGCUGCAGAACUAUUUGAAUCUGGAGAGGAUCGAGAAGUAAACAAUGGUUUGAUUAUUAUGAAUGAGUUUAUUGUCCCAUUUUUGCCCUUGUUAUUGGUGGAUGAAAUGGAAGAGAAAGAUAUUCUUGCUGUGGAAGACAUGAGAAAUCGAUGGUGUUCCUAUCUUGGACAAGAAAUGGAAUCAAACCUCCAAGAGAAGCUGACGGACUUUCUGCCAAAACUGCUUGAUUGUUCUACUGAGAUUAAAGGUUUCCAUGAGCCACCAAAGUUACCGUCAUAUUCCACACAUGAACUCUGCGAGCGGUUUGCCCGAAUCAUGUUAUCCCUCAGUCGAACUCCUGCUGAUGGAAGAUAAACUGCACACACUUUCCCUGAACACACUGUAUAAACUUUUUUUAGUUCUUAACCCUUGCCUUCCUGUCACAGGGUUUGCUUGUUGCUGCUAUAGUUUUUAACUUUUUUUUAUUUUAAUAACUGCAAAAGACAGACAGACCAUAGAGACUUUAGCCAGACUGCAAACAAUAAAGCUGAGAAUCGCAUGGCGCUCAGACUUUGUUUUAACCAGAACUGAUGUACAAUUACAAAUCUGAUUGGUUUCAUUAUGGCAAAGCCAUGCUUUUGCCACCUUUCUGUUACAGUAUUACUUUGCUUUUAUCUUUUCUUUAUCUACAGCUUUCCAUUCAGUCUGGAUCCUUCCAUGACUACAACCAUUUAAGUGUUCAGCACUGUGUACGAUACAUAAUACUUGGUAGCUUGUAAAUGAAAUUAAAGAAUAAAGUUUUAUUUAUGGCUACCUAUGUGUUUGUAAGCAGGUAUAUUGUAUAUUAGUGUAUCAUUUUAAUUAUAUAAAAAUGAAUUUUGUCUGGGGACUGUUUAAGAUUAGGUGGAUAGAUGAAUAGAUUAAUACAAACUUUUAAUUUGUCUCUGUAGCACAUUGGAAGUUUACUAAGUAUUGACACUUAAAUAUAUCUAUAUUUUUGACUAAGUUGUUAAAACUUAGUAUGGCACCUAAACCUGUUUUGAAUUCACAUCAGGUUUUCACUGAAGUGAACGGCUGAUACUUAAGUCAACCACACUGAAACUUUUAACUUUUCCUUAGAUUAACCUUUUAUUUUUUUAUGUAUUUACAAAUAAUAUAGCAAGGUGAUUAUUUCAAGAGAUACCAGAAAAAAAGUACUUGAAUAAGGGCUAUUUAAAUAGUGAAACUUAUAAGAAAUCUGUAUAUGUGUAUACACACACACACACACACACACACACACACAUUCUUCAUAAUGGAGGACAAUGUUUUGCAUUAUAUAAUCAUUCUAUUUUUGUAACUUGUAUACCACUUUAAUUGAAAAUGUUCUCUACUAAUCAAUGCUGUGAAAUGAAGUUGAUAUUGUUGAACUAGAAGUUAUGAGUAUCUUACCUGCUUUUAUUUUCCUCCUUUUCAAAAAGAAAAAGCUGUAGAACAUUUUGUAGAUGGAACUGCUGUUUAAGAUUAAUGAAGUAAUAUUGUGAAUGAAAAUCGAUGCUUUAAAGGUAAUCAUGUUACCAAUAACCUAUUUUUGAAUUUAUAAAAAUUUCUUUAUAAAUGAUACUUUGUUAGCAUAGUAAAAUAUAUCAUUAUACUAUGUGUAUGUUUGUUAUAGCGUCGCCAAAACUAGAACUCUUUAUAAGUGCCUCUGAUAAAAGAUCCCAGAUAGAGGAAGAAGAAAAUAUUAAGUUACUGUAUUAAUGUUCCUUAUCAAGAUAUCAAUGCACUACUAAGGUAUUAAUGACAAGGAAUUGAUACCAUUUCUGUUUUAAGGUUAGAUUUUGCCUGUUGUAGCUAUCAAAAUGUGUUUUGGUUUAGAUUUUAAAUUCUCCACUGAGCAGAAUUGGUAUGCUACAUAGUUUUCAAGUCCUGUCCAAAGUUUAAAAACUCCAUAUGUAUCAUCAAAGCAUUUGUAAACUGUCUUCAGUAUUUUAUAAUAUUCUGCCAUAAUGGUAAAAUUGUUUGUGUUUAUGUGUAUAAUUGACCACUGAGACACAAAGUGCUCAAACACCAUAUGGAAAUUACUCCCUUCACAAGGCACAUCCAGGGAAUCAUAUGUGGCUCUUGUGCUGAAGGUAAGUAUUAUUUUUGUAUUUACUUUCUACUUAAAAGCCAGUUUAUUCAUUCUUGGUAGUGAAUCUGAAGUGCUCUUUUAAAAAUGACCUUUUUCAAGACCUGGGGAAACAACUUGUUUUUAUAUCAAUAAGUUUCAGUCUAGUCUAAUCUAGAACCAUGGCACUAAAUAAAACUAUCAGUAACAUUUUAUGCACCUUCA